CGCGGUUGCGGUGUUUGCUGGGAUGGCGGCAGCGGUAGCGGAGCCGGAGUCGCUGGAGGGAAGUGGCAGCAAGGAAGAAGGGGAACCAAGCAGUCCGUCUGCACAGCCGGCUCCUCAGAAACAAGCCAGACUGCCGCUGUCCCGGAUAAAAGCUUUGAUGAAAGCGGAUCCGGACCUUUCAUUGGCUAGUCAGGAGUCAGUGUUUGUCAUUAGUAAAGCGACGGAAUUAUUUAUUGAAACUAUUGCCAAGGACGCUUAUCUGUAUGCGCAGCAGGGAAAGAGAAAAACACUGCAAAGGAAAGACUUGGAUAAUGCUAUAGAUGCCAUCGAUGAGUUUGCUUUCCUGGAGGGUACCUUAGACUGAGUGCUUUGCCAUGUUCCGAGUGUCUUCAAAUAAAGGAAGAAAUCAGUUUUUCUUUUUUUUUUUUUGUUUUAUAUUUUAAAUAUAUAUGUAUAUUUUUAUAAAAAAUGCUUGUAUCCUUUUUGUUCACGUGACAUCUCUACAUGGUUUACUUUGUGUCAAACUGAAAACUGCUGCGAUGCAGCUUGAAUGAUUACUUUUGGUUACCUGUAAGUUUAGUAUGCUUAAAGUUUUGUCAGCAACCGUCUAAAAUGCACUUUAUUCAUCAUUUUUGAUGACUGCACAACAGCUCAGUACUUCUUGUUUAGCCUGUUGUGAUUUGCUUUUGUUUUGCAGGUCUACAACUAGACCCAUUAAUACAAUGCCUGUUAUUGGCAGCAUUGUGAUUUAAGACCUAACAUGCCAAGUUUUUGCUUGUCCUUUUAAAUUAAAUUUAAACCCACUAUUUGGUCUUCCAGGAUGGCCUCAUAUGCAAAGGUUUACCCAAAAUAUCCAUUUAUGCUUAUAUCAUUCUCCCACUUCAAAUAUCUGUGUACCAUAAGUAUUACAUUCUUAUUCUACAACCCUGCAGAGAAUGCAUGCAUGUUAUAAACCUUUGCUUCUACAGGUAUGGGGCCUGUUAUUCAGAAUGCUCAUGACCUGGGUUUUCUAGAUAAGGGUUCUUUCUGUAAUUUGGAUCUUCAUACCUUAAGUCUACUAAAAAAAAAAAAAAAAA